GUCCCCCGCGAGACGACCGUCAUCCAGCGAGACGCGCUCCUGCCGAACGACGAUCAACAUUUCGCGUGUGAUUCCCGUACGUUGGUGACAGCGCGAUCGCGACAUCGGUGAUAAUCGAAACUGGAGUGCUGUGCGAUCACCGAAACUGCGACGGUUCGCGUUUCGCUGGACAGAGGAUCGGAACAUGAACACGUACGCGCGUGCUCGCGAUUACGGUGACCGGUAACGGCGCGACGCUUACCGACGGAGUCGACGGAGAUCCGUCACUCGCGAUUCGCCAUCGACGCCAGUGCGUCGCGAAAAACGCCUAACCGAGAGCUCCUUUCUUCGCGCGACGAUAUUUCUUCCCGAGUAAACGCGAAUCGUCGCGCGAAUCCAACUCGAUCGGUGAAAUACGUCGAGAGCCGUGCGUUCCGCUCUCCCCGCGUCGUAUUUUGGCAGCGUGUUUAGCUGCGGGGGUGUCUCUCGUGUUGUGGGCGACCGCAUUGCGGUAAAACAGCCAAAAUUCGGGUGAAGAACAGAGAACCGUUACCAUCCUACGCGAUGGAGAUGAGCGACGAGUACCAAGACAUGGGAAAUCCUGGUGGAGGGGUCACGGUGGCCAAUAUACCCAUGGCUCAUCACCAACACACGCCCGACAGUCCAUUGUCGCAUCAGGAGGAGGAUUUGUCGGAUCCAGACCUGCAGGACGAGGAGAGCGGAGAAGAGUUACCUCAGCAACCACUUCAGGGUAACACGCACUCCUCGUCGGAUAAUGCAUCCGUGCCGACUGGUACACCUACUCCAUUAACACACUUGAACAGUCUGAUGGGCACCCACCAUCCACAUUUUCUGGCUAAACUGAAAAUGGAGCAAACCGAAGUGGACGCGUUGAACAACAAAAGUGGACUGGAAGCGCUUCAAGCCGCGAUGGGUAGCGGUGGCUUCAAUUUGCCGUUUUCGUUUCCGCCACCGGCAGCGUUUCUAACGCCUCAACAACAACAACAUUCGCAAAACAGUCACUCGCAGCCAGUAGCGACAACCGGAGUCGGAAGCGGUAUACUAGGAAGUCAGAUAACGUCCUCGGCUAGCUCGCAUUCCAGCGAAUCGUCGCAAGGCAGCGCCAGGAACGGUGGCGAGCCACGAGAGGGUAGUAGUCUUUCGCAGAACAACGCGACAGGAACGAAUCAUCAGCAACAGACCAGCUGGAGUUUCGAAGAGCAGUUCAAACAGGUGCGUCAGCUGUACGAGAUCAACGACGACCCGAAGCGGAAAGAGUUCCUCGACGACCUGUUCAGUUACAUGCAAAAACGAGGGACACCGAUCAAUCGGCUACCGAUCAUGGCGAAGUCGGUGCUGGAUCUGUACGAGCUGUACAACUUGGUGAUCGCUAGGGGCGGCCUAGUCGACGUAAUCAACAAGAAACUGUGGCAGGAAAUCAUCAAAGGCCUCCACCUGCCAUCGAGCAUCACUUCCGCCGCGUUCACUCUGCGCACCCAGUACAUGAAAUACCUGUAUCCAUACGAGUGCGAGAAGAAACGGCUGUCGACACCGACGGAAUUACAGGCGGCGAUCGACGGAAAUCGACGAGAAGGACGACGAAGCAGUUACGGAGCGUACGCGGGCGGUGGCGGCGCGGCAGGUGAGAGCCUGGUGCAAAGGAAUCCCCACACGCCGAACUCGCUCGCGUUGCACGCCCAAAUGUCUCCGUUGUCGUUAGUGACGGCGGUGGCAGCCGGUGGUCAACAUCACGGGCCACAAUCUCUGGUGAACGGAAGCGCCGCGCACACGCCGUUACCCCACCAUCCGCACCACCCGCAACACCCGCAAGGAUCGCUUGGACAGCCACCAAACGCCGGACCUAUUCCCGGAAUGGCGCCGUCCGAAUUUGAAGCACGGAUGGUCGAGUACGUAAAGUUGUUGAAUAAGGAGCUAAGAAGCGCCGGGGCUGGCACACCACCGCCGAUGAUCCAUCGACAAGGAAGCGCCUCGCCACCGUCCUCCACUCCACCCAGAGACGCGGGUUUCAGUGCCCUAGAAAUGUCUAGACUGACCCUAUGGAACAUGUACAAUAAUAACACUUUGUAUCCGGGUGUUGGUCACCAACCACCGUUGUCUCCUCAAGCCUCGCAUUCGCCGGUACCUCCAGCUUCCAGUCCAGAACCUCAAAGAGAAGCUCUCGAUCUCGGUCUCAGGUCCUCGCCGGUGUCUUCGUCGCCUGCCAGACAAAGCUCGCCUUCGUCGGGUGGUAGCGUGCAGGUGAAAAGAGAUCCGGAAAUGAUCGGUACUCCUGGACCACCGCCAGCUAAACGAUUACUUUCGGAUGACGACAGCCCUAUGGAAAAGAACGCCACCGCCUCUAUAGGCACGCACAUUAAAAUCUCUAAUCGAGGGGACGGAAGAAACGGUGACAAUUCCCUAGUAGUCAGUAUGGAGUUGAACGGAGUGAUGUACCAAGGUGUUCUUUUCGCCCAAAGCGAUACCAGGACUACGGCCAGUACAGCGACAACUAAUAACAAUAGCAACAGCAAUAAUCACAGUAAAGCGUCGCGAAGCAUGGUCUCGUGAAUGACCAAUUUCGAAACAAACCGCGCUCUCCCCACGAUACAUUAUAUUAUAAUUAAUCAUCAUAGCGAAAUCGGCCUCCCUUCCGACAUUUUAUAUAUAUAAAGCAUUUUAAAUCAGCACCUGUACAUUUCUUUUUAUUGCGACUAAUUAAUCUCGAUCGACGAUCACCAUCGGGACUUCUCUAUCGCGAUUAUAGAGUAAUUGUAUCUAACACGCGUAUCGUUCGACGCUAAAACGUUUAUCCCGAUAAUGAGAAAACGAAUAAGAUGAAUUUUUCGAACGCCGAGGAAAAUCGAGAAUGAAGUAUCCUCUUAGUCAUAGUCGUUAAAAUGCGAAACAUUAGCAAAAGACAAGAUAAUUAGUAUAUACAUAUAGUACUCGCGACGGUAAAUGGUAUAUAAAUAGCAAAUUGGGAAGAAUAUUUGCAACCUACUUCUGAUCUCGAAGAAUUUAGAUUGUCAGAAAGCGGAUGAAACGCGACAGUUUCGAUGAUCUUUCGAAUCCGCCAAUCGACGAAGAUACGCGUGAUGGGGGAUGAAAUUGUUUUUAUUGUUCAUAGCUCGAAGGUUAGCCAAAAAGACUGUUACAUAGGACGAAUAUUAUAUAUUACGGUAGAAAUAACUUCUUAUUAUUGGUUAUUAAAGAAC